AUGGAAAAGGAAAGCUCUCCAUGGAUUUUUUUGGGUGUUCCCGAUAUAAACCCGCCUGGAGAUGUAUAUUCAAUACGAGAAGAUGAAAGCGCUAAAAGAUCUGAUAUCGUUACCUACGAGGACGAGAAGAGAAGAACUCGGAUCAGAUCUUUGAAAAAGAAGGCGAUGAAUGCUUCAACAAGAGUGACUCAUACUCUUAGGAAACGGAAUAAGCGGGUAGCUCAUGGCUUGUUUGCUUCGAUUUCAAUUGAAGAUUUUCGAGAUGAUGAGGAAGUGGAAGCUGUCAAUGCUUUUCGUGAGGCAUUGAUUGAUAAAAAUCUGCUUCCAGCCCGUCACGAUGAUUACCACAAAAUGUUGAGGGAGGGAGCACAUGUUGGCCUUUAUGCCUAUAUUGUUGAUUCAGAUACAUAUGAAAUUCUGAAAAUCAGUUAG